AUGACUUCACCUAUGCCGACAAGUGAGCCGGUUGGCAGCAAGCGCUUUGCUGAUUUUGAUCUCGGUGGAAAGACAUUCAUCGUCACAGGAGGCGCCAGAGGGCUGGGUCUUGCCAUUGCAGAAGCACUCGUCGAGGCGGGCGGUCAAGUAUACUGCUUCGACAUUCAGGAAGAGCCUGAUGAGGAAUGGGAGGAGGCCCAGAGCAGAGUUGUUCCCGAAUGGGGUGGGCAGCUGCUCUACUGCCAGCAGGACGUGCGAGACACGGACCUCUUGGAGAAGCGCAUUGAGCAGAUUGCCGACAAAAACGGCCGGCUCAACGGCGUCGUGGCGGCUGCCGCCUUUCUCCAGACGACGGCGGCACUCGACUACGCCGCGCACGACGUGUCGGCCAUGCUGGCGACCAACUACACCGCCGUCUUCGUGACGGCGCAGGCGGCGGCCAGGGCCAUGAUGAAGCACAAGACGCGCGGCAGCAUAUGCAUGGUCGCGAGCAUGUCGGGCCUGGCGGCUCUGAUCCAGCUGGCCCGCAACCUGGCCAUGGAAUGGAGCCCGGUGCGCCGAGACGGCACCGGCGGCAUCCGCGUCAAUUGCCUCAGUCCGGGUCACAUCGAGACGCCCAUGGUGCUGGAGCUCUUUGAAAAGGACCCCGAAAUGGAGAAGACAUGGACGAGGGAGAACAUGAUGGGUCGACUUGCAACGACGGGAGAGUUCAAGGGGGCGGCUUUGUUUCUGAUUAGCAGCGCCAGCAGUUUCAUGACUGGAAAUAAUUUAGUCGUGGAUGGCGGCCAUACCGCGUGGUGA